CAUCUCGCUUCCCUGCCUUUCUUGAUUCUGUCACCGCCUGCCUUGCUCUGCACUCUCUUCAGCUUCAUGCUCCCUAUCCGUGGGCUGGGCAAGAGAGAGGAAAUUUCCUUUUUGUUCCUUUGCCGGCUCCUGUCCAGCUCUGGCUUUUGUUCCGGGCCGCAAAAAGUCUCGUUCCGCCCCUUGGGACCUUCCCGUCCAGUCUGCUGCCGUUAUCUGUCCGGGACCCCUUGAAGGCCCCAUCUCGGUUGUGUGUUGCACUGCUCUCCUUCUCCAGCCAAACGCCCCCUGCCAGAGCCCUCUUUUGGCCUCGCCCCCCCUGCGCGGCUCCAAGGAACUACGCACCGCUUCGAUUGAUAUGAACCACCACCGCUCCGUUCCGCUCACCGAGUAGCUGGUCGAGCGGCCCUUUUUCUUCUCUUCUUCCCCUCGUCUUCCACGAGUCUUCUGCCGGCGCUGCAGAUCUGCUACGUCCGCAACUCUGUGCUCCUGUUCCUCUUCGCCACUACAAGCCAAGGGGUCCAAGGCGAGCAAAGAGAAGCGUGCCUUGCAUCGCCGCGCCUGUGCAAGGGAGACGCCUGCAUUCCCGACACACACGCGCCGCCAACCCACGAUACGAUCCUGCUCAGCAGCCUCGAGUGAGCCGCCCCUCCUGGGAGGACUCGAUCGAACUCGGGCGCCUAGCCCGGUGAGGGAUCUCGACGACAACAGGCCGCUUUAUAGCAGCAUCGCCCCGUUCCACCAGCGGAACAGCAACUUCAUGCCAACACGCCCAGACGCAUACAUAACCUCAUAACCACACCACAACAUGUCUGCACUAACAGAGCCCAUGCCCCUGCCAUCGCCGCCCGCGACACUGUCCCGGUACCGCAGUCUUCGGGGCAAGAGCGUCUCGGAAUCGCGCAAGGUAGUCGAGGCCAUUGUACCCGGGAGCCCCAAGGCCGCCUCGGAGUUUGGUGACAGCCCCAAGUCUUCAGGGUCGAGGUUUAGGAGGAGAGCAAAGACGCUCACUAGUGGCGACUCGGAGAGCGCCAGCAGCACCCCCACCGCCGCACCUCCAGUCCCCAUGCUGCCACCGUCGCCGAUAUCGCCUGGACCGCUUGUCUCGCCCACGGCAACAACACCAUCCAGGAAAGCCAAGGGAACCCUGAGGGCGCCCCCACCUCUCGUGCUUACCGACAGCAACGGCGCCAUAAGCCACAAUGGGCUCAACGAGUCGGGGUCCGAGGCCGACAUCCAGGGCAUGAACUUCCCGGCAGUUCCUGUGGCGAUGGCCAUAACCGCCGAUACCGCCGUCGGCCCAGAUAGCUGCUGCGGCACGCCCGUUGACGACGGCAGGAGGCGGUUACAGGACAGGCUGGGCGACGAUAUAGCCGAGAUGGAGGAGAGCAUACGGCAGGCCAGGGCGGACGCUAUCAUCAACAGCCACAUCUACAACGACCACAGCGACGCUGCCUCGCUCAAGUCCUCGGCGGAAUCUUUCAAGUUUAGCAACAAUGGGCGCCGGCCCUCGCCGCUGCAGCUGAAGCCGCGCAGUCCUGUGCUGGAGAAGUUCAACUUCCUCGGCUGGGGCCGCAAGUCCAGCGCCGCUUCGCUUUCGCCGUCCCCGUCCACGGCGACAUCCUUCGACUUUAGCAGGUCCGGGACUAUGGACCCCCAACCGUCGCCACUGGCCAAGUCUUUCCUGGACAAGAUUGGACAGCCACCGCCGUCGCCUGUUCCCUCAACAGCGAGCAAUGGUGGAGAGAGGUGCGUGCAAGUCCGUUGCCGCGGGGUAUCGAUGAAUGUCGACGUGACACUCGACACUAGCACAGUCGAUAUCCUUUUCGCAUGCUCUGAUGGGUUACCGUUGCCACAGUCCAUCAACACUGCCACAGCCGUUGUCGUCGAGUCGUACACACAUCUUGGACUGGAGCGACGACUCAGGCGAUACGAACGCGUACGAGACGUGCUCAACUCGUGGGAUCGGGACACGCAGAACCAUCUGUUUGUGGACACAUCCUCUGAUGAUCUCGGCCAGGCGGCGCAGCAGCACAAGGAUCUGGACAUCUCGUCUGUGUCUUCACCCGCAUGCACGCCUCUGCAGCUUCAGCAGCCUCCCCAGGGCUUCGUCCUGCAGCUCCACCACUCACAGCGCCCCGGCAAGUGGAACAAGCGAUUUAUCACCCUCCUCGAGAACGGCCAGAUGUUCGCCUCCAAGAAGGCCGACGUCGCCCUCGCAGUCAGUACACCCACAUCGGCCACGGGCGGAUCGCCAUGGUCCCCGUCCGCCGCUGGGUCACCCAGGGGCCUGCCCACUGUGACGGCAGCCGCCGCAGCGGGUGCCGCGGCGAUUUGCCACCUGAGCGACUUUGACAUCUACACCCCGACCGAGGCGCAGUGCAAAAAGACGCUCAAGGCGCCCAAGAAGUUCUGCUACGCUAUCAAGUCUCAGCAGCGCACCACUGUCUUUGCCGGGUCGCCCGCGGCCGAGAACUUUGUGCACUUCUUCUGCACCGAGGACGCCGACGUGGCGCGCCAGUUCCACACCCGCGUGCACGCCUGGAGGUCCUGGUACCUGGUGCACCGCCGGGGCGUGGCUGGGUCCGCGGCCACCUCGCGGCGCAACAGCGGCAACGACGACGACAUGAAGCCGCCGCCGAAGCUCGAGGACAAGCGGCCGGGCACCUCGGGCAGCAUGAGCGGCGCGCCGCAGAUCCUCGCCGUCAAGCACAAGCCCAAGAAGUCGGUCAGCCACAUCAAGUUCGAGGGCAGCCGCCACAAGAUCCGCGUCAGCGUCGACGAGGCGCCCUACAGCAUCGGCGAGUUCCAGCCGCUGCUCGACCUCAACCGCUUCGACAAGCCCAUCGACGAGUUCGGCAAAGACUGGAUCGAGCGCCAGAGCGCGCUGCCGCCCAACGCCGCCGAGACGGUCGCCGCGCUGGUCAAGAGCGCCACCGGCCCCGGCACCCCCAAGACGGAAGGCGAGUUCGCUGAGGGCGGCCUGCUGGGCGCAUCGUACGACGAGCGCAAGAGCCGCAAGGGAAGCGCCGCCGGCAACGAGCCGUCCACUCCCGUAGAGGGCCCCUUCACCGAGGGCGCGACUCUCGUCAACGGCGGCCUGUCGCCCAAUGGCGAGGAGGCCAAGGAUGGCGAGGACAAGGCCGAGACUGAGGAGCCGGCCGAGCCCAAGUCGCCGCCAAAGCCCGAACCCAGGUCGUGGUUCCCUUCGGCCUCGGAGCACUCGGCCAAGAGGCGCGCCCAGAGCAUCUCGGAGGCGGCCGCACGACCCUCGACCUCGGCGGGAGAGUCGUCGUCCCGCCCGGACCCCCCGCUGCCCUUCCCCUUCGGCCCCGGCGGGCCCCUCGCCCAGCAGGCGCGCCCGCAGCACCUGCACCCCGGUGGCCCCGGCAGCCGCGGCCGCCCGCCGCCGCGGAGCAGCGUGGCGAUCGCCACCCCGCCGCUCUGCGGCCCGGCAACGGCCAGGGAGGCCCGCCGCCGCCGCACAACCAGAGGCAGCCUCGGCCUAUGCCGGCUCGCCAGCACUGAGGCGGCGGUGGAGCUAGCGACGAGAUUCUCUAGCAAACCACCACUAGCAGCAGAAAUGACGCUACACAAUGAAAGCACCCCCGCCCCCUCCCCUUAAUACGAAAGAGAUAGACUGGCACAUCUAGAGCGGGGGAAGGGAAGACUAGACUGGGGCGGCGGCGGUUUUAAAAAUCAGAGAUGUUGGAAGAAACCGAGACCAGGACGCACAACACGAGUGGGAGGCAUAAAAAGUCCACAUCUAGUACCUGCUUCGUUACCACAGCUGUUUUUCGGGGGGGUUUUUUUUUCAUCCCGUUGUUCUUUUUUCCUUUCCCUUUAUUUGUACAUACCAUUUUGGAUCCCUCUCUUCUGGAUGGCGUUUUGGCUUGUGCGGGUACGAAGCCAUGUCAUGGCGUUUCUUUUCUGCCUCGCUCGUUUUCGUUUGUUCUGUCGUCUUUUGCCUCGUAUCCGAGCUGUUAUCUGUGUACCCAGUCAACUCAGGACUCUCCUUUGUGUUUAAUGCCGCACCUGGUCCUGUGGACAGCACUUCUCAAUUAUAAAUGAGUUCUUCCAAA